AUGGCGGCUGUCAUGAUCGUACUUGUGGUCGUGUUUUUCAUCUUGGGGUUUCUCUCCGUCUACACCCGCCAAUGCGCUCAGACACGUCUCGGCGGACGCGCCGACCUCGCGCGUGAGCGCAUGAUGAACCGCGGUCUCGACCCUGCCGUCAUCGAGAGUUUUCCCGCCUUCCUGUUCUCCGACGUGAAGGGGCUCCACCUCGGGAAAGACUCUCUCCAGUGCGCGGUGUGCUUGAACGACUUCCAGGACGACGAAACACUGCGUUUAAUCCCCAAGUGCGACCAUGUCUUCCACCCGGACUGCAUCGACACGUGGCUCAUUUCUCACUCGACCUGCCCGGUCUGCCGUGCCUAUCUGGUUCCCAAGCCCGGAGAGGAGCCGUACAGCGCUCUUAUGGAGCUUAUCGAGCAGGAAGCGGGUCAACUCGAACCGGAAGACGUCGCUGCCGAACCGAAGUUGCCCCGAGACGUGUCGGUUCGUGUCGUUGAGGAUCAGAUUAAGGAGGAGGAAGGUACUCCAAAGAUUAAUUUGAUUAGUGUUAAUGAUCCGGCCAAUCAAAGGCUUCCACCAAGGUCGAGGUCGACCGGGUUUGGGCCGAGGUCGAGGUCCACGGGCUUUGGGCCUCCGAGGUCAGGGUCCACUGGACGACGAUUUGCGGGAAUGCUUUUCCCGCGAUCGCAGUCCACCGGCCAUAAUUUGUUGGUCCAACCCGGUGAGAAUACCGAGAAGUUUACUCUGCGGUUGCCUGAGGAGGUCCGAGCUAGGUUGAUGAACAUGGCCCUAACACGCGCCAAGAGUACCAGCGUGUUCCCUCGGGCGGGGAGUGUGAGGCAAGGUUAUAGGAGUGGAAGUGUUCGUGGAGGGAAGAAUGGUAUUGAUCGGUUUGAAGGAAGUUCGCGGUCGAACCGGUGGGGUUUCUCGAUGAUGCCGCCUUUUCUGUCUCGAUCGGUUAGACAACAACCUGGAGUCGACAGUGACUUGGCAGCUCAAUCAGCGGUUGCUGUGCCGGACUCGAAUAAGUCACCGGAAAGGGUUGUAAUUGUGGUCGAGGAAGAACGGUCGACUGAUACGUUACGACAGAAAGGUCAAGUUUAA